CGGCGGCAGCGCUGCCGCUCCUCCGUCCUGCGCUCCCUGGUUGGGUUUCCCCGGCGAUGGGAGGCUCAGCCCCAGCCCCAGCGCCCGCCCCGGCGCCUGCCCAGAGCUCCCGACGGGCAGGUGGAUGCGAUCGAGCUCCCCCGCCCGCCCCCCGGCAGCCACAGCCCCCCCUUCCCCAUCGGUCCCGCCGCGGGGAGGCAGCUCUGCAUCAUCACCAUCAUCAUCACCACCAUCAGCGCCGGGGGUUGAUCGGUUUGAUCCCUCUUCUCCCCUCGCCCGACACAGCGGAGCCGCAGCCGGGAGGACGCGGAGCCGGCGGCCGGCGGCAGGGAGAGGCUGAGCCAUGGCCGAAGGGGAGAUCACCACCUUCACCGCCCUGACUGAGAAGUUCAACCUUCCCCUGGGGAACUACAAGAAGCCCAAGCUCCUGUACUGCAGCAACGGCGGCCACUUCCUGCGCAUCCUCCCAGACGGCAAAGUGGAUGGGACCAGGGACCGGAGCGACCAGCACAUUCAGCUCCAGCUGAGCGCGGAAAGCGUGGGAGAGGUGUAUAUAAAGAGCACCCAGUCUGGGCAGUACCUGGCGAUGGACACCAACGGGCUGCUCUACGGCUCGUUACUGGGUGAGGAGUGCCUGUUCCUAGAAAGGAUUGAAGAAAACCAUUACAACACGUACGUCUCCAAAAAGCACGCGGAUAAGAACUGGUUCGUAGGUCUGAAGAAGAACGGGAACAGCAAGCUGGGGCCGCGGACUCACUACGGCCAGAAGGCGAUCCUCUUCCUCCCACUGCCCGUCUCGCCCGACUAAGCACUGUCCCAGAGGCUCAGAGAUGACCCUGAACCCCAAAUUCCAGCUGCCACCUCCUCCUUUUCCCUCUCUCUCUUUUGUCUAGUAUGACAGAGCCAGACAUUAGAGCUCCGAGCUUUAGGUAAAGGCUUUACCAAAACAGACAGAGCAGAGCUCCUCUGCUCCACACGAAGCUUUGCAGAGAGGAGGUGAAAAGCCCCAACACCCUCCCAAGGUCCACCGGUACCCACCACCCCUUCCCUCUGCCGGUGCAUGCCAUGAGCAGGCUGCAGGUCCUGGGGACACGCAUGUACCCACUGCGGGCAGGCACCCCAAAACGUGGCCAAGGGCACCCAAGGACACCCCAGUUACAGAGGAAAGCACGCUUUUACUGUCCCCUG